CCUUCGGGCAGUUAAUUGGGGUUGAAAUGCCUUGUCUCUCCAUUGCUGCCUUGACUUUCCUGGGUGAUUAACAUCAGAGUCUGUUUCUGCUGAGUUGGGCUCUGAGUAACUAAACUCUGCACCUCAAAGGGUAAGAAAGUGGUAAAGUGGGGGGGGGUCUCUGCUUUGUCUGCUGCUGUGACCCUGGGGAGAAGGAUAGCGCACCUGGAGCUUUCAAAUCCUGCUCUUCUUCCCCCCCCCGCCCCCCACUUUCUCGCCCAGGCAGGGGUGCUGCCUGGAAGGCUGGGCUCCUGUCCAAGAGGGCUGCUUAAGCCCCAGUGCUUUUGUGUCUCUAACAAGCUCCUCAGUAAGGCUGUCAAAAGGGGGGCACACAGCAAUGACACAGCUGUCUAUGCCCAGCCUCCAGCUCAUCUGCAGGGGAGGCUUCUAAAGAGAGGGGGGACUGGUCUGUCUCUAACCUCUUACACCCCAGGUGUGGGCUGCUGCCCUAUGCCCUUGCUCAGGGACAGAUGACCCACCGGGCACCUGGAUGCCUUGGCACGAACCUGCCCUGUGGCACUAACCCAGCUCUUACAAGAAGCCAAGGGACUGCUAAAGUCUACGUCCUGCCUCAGUGGCUUCUCGGCUGGACACCCUUUGGCUGGAGCUGUUGCCAAGGGCUGGUGGGAGAGAGGCUGUGCUAAGCCCCUAAAUUCCAGGGGCACCCAUGCUUCGCAGUGCUAAGGGGGCAGGGCUGGUGGCUGGCCAGGAAGGUGAGGGCUGCCCUUAACUGGCCCUGCACCUUUUACUAAAAAGAGCCUGCCCCCAGCUGUAAGGUGGCUGCUUUCUGAUGGACCCUUGUUACAGCUGCACUUGUCUAUUCAUCUAACCAGGCUUAUCAGCACCCUGCAAUCACCAGCACAAGACCCCUUAGAAGAUGGGGGACUGGGGCUUCCUGGAGAAGCUGCUGGACCAGGUCCAGGAGCACUCAACAGUGAUUGGGAAGAUCUGGCUGACCGUGCUGUUCAUCUUCAGGAUCCUUAUCCUGGGCCUGGCCGGGGAAUCGGUGUGGGGGGACGAGCAGUCGGAUUUCCUGUGCAACACCAAGCAGCCGGGCUGCGUCAACGUGUGCUACGACAAGGCCUUCCCCAUCUCCCACAUCCGCUACUGGGUGCUGCAGUUCCUCUUCGUCAGCACCCCCACCCUGGUCUACCUGGGCCACGUCAUCUACCUCUCAGGGCGGGAGGAGAAGCUGAAGCAGCGGGAGAGCGAGCUCCGGGCGGCGCAGAUCAAAGACUUGAAGGUGGAGCAGGCUCUGGUGGUGGUGCAGAAGAAGAUGUCCAAGAUCUGCGUGGCGGAGGACGGUCACAUCAAGAUCCGUGGCUCCCUGAUGUGGACCUACGUCAUCAGCGUGAUCUGCAAGAGCAUCUUCGAGGCCGGCUUCCUCUUAGGCCAGUGGUACCUGUACGGUUUCUUCAUGCCACCCAUCUUCGUGUGUGAGAGGGCCCCCUGCCCCCACAAGGUGGACUGCUUUGUCUCCCGCCCCACUGAGAAGACUAUCUUCAUCAUCUUCAUGAUGGUGGUGGGCAUGAUCUCCCUGGGCCUCAACCUCCUGGAACUCUUCCACCUCUGCUGCAAGAACCUGCUCAGCAGCGUGAGGAAGGCCUCCUCCUCUCCCAGCCCAGCUGUGGACAUAGACUCCUUCCCAGACAGCAAGCAGUGCCAUUACCUCCCCCUGAGCGAGAGCCACUCCCCUCCCUACCUGGCCUACAACAAGCUGUCGAGCGAGCAGAACUGGGCCAACUUCAACACCGAGGAGAACCUGGCUCUGCGCAGUGGCCACAAGCCCUCCCCUGAGUCCUACGCCGCAGGAGCCCAGCCCCUGCAGGAGAGGCAGGCCAGCCGGCCUGGCAGCUCUGCUUCCAAGAAACAGUACGUCUAGGAGAGCACUGAAACCAAGCUGCUGUGUCUCGGGGGUAUCCUUUGGCCCUUGAACGAGGGGACACUCUGGUUCUUGGGCAUCUUGGCCAUAGGACCUGUUUGCUAUAGAGGCUUUAAAAACAAAACCAAACCCAAAAGCUCCUGUUGGCGACCCACUUUGGUUAACUAGCGGGCACCUCCUGCUCUCCACUGUUCAUUGUGUGUCUGUGUAUUUAAAGUGUGGGUGCCGUAGAUGUGCUUUCAGGUAUGUGCACCUCUCUGCAGACUGGUCUUGCCAUAGGACGUGCACGUGGCUCAAUUGAAUGUUGCAUUGUAGCCAGCUGGCUGAAGUUUACAGGGUGCGAGGACCCUUCCUACCAUUCUGCUGGCAAAAUGUACCUCAGGCUCCCUUGGGGAGGGUUAUUCUCUGGUGCCUUUGUCUGUACAAAAGACCCUAAGUAACCGAUGUCACGUGAUACCAAUACAUUCGCCUUUCUCCAGCUGCAGUCCCAGGAGAGCUGUUGCUUUCUUUUUUUAAACUGUGUAGACAUGGAAACCAAACAAAAUCCCUUCUUCAGCUACAGAAGCAUCUUCAGUGGAAAGCUGCCUGGGAUAUUAUGCAGCUUGCGUUCAAAUCCAAGGUGCUUUGCCUUGGGGUAGACCAGCGACUGCGUCUUUGGGGCAAUAUGUGGGGAAAUAUCCUUACUAUAACUAGGGGAGAUUUCCCUUUCCUGGUCAAUGGUUUCCAUCAGCUCUGAUCAGAGCUGUGCUUUGUAACCUAAACUCUAAAUCUCUCUAGUCAAGAUCUUUAAUUCCUAACCGGUGGAGUUAAUCUGGCCCAGCCUAGGUCAACAAUUGUCCUUCUAAAGGAGGCAGUGGGGGAAGCCUAUUUGCCUCUGAGAUCUUAGCAGCUGCAAUCGUUUGGCACCAGCCUAGAAAUUCCAUUGGGCAGCUUGCUGUAAGAAUUAAUGUGGGGUUGGGGUCACUGGAGUGCCAAUCAAAGCAGCUGGUCCUGCUCAUAAACCAAACAUCUCCUCUUCUUCUGGGUCACCUGACAAAAUAAUCCCAACAUCUAGAUCUUGCCACACCAAGUUGAAUGACUCAGUAGCUUAUCCGUCCAAGCUGAGGUGCCUGCCCAGGGUGAGGAAACUCUGAUGCACUAAGGAAAGGACGUAUCACAGGACUUAACGCCUACUCCUCUGAGUUCAGUCACCCCAGAGCAAAGUUAUAAGCACUGUUCCCCAUGUAUGUUCAGAGUAACUUGCUGUCCAUGUAUUUAUAGGUGUAAGGGAUCCCCAUGGGUAGCUCCAGUAACAGCCCUGGUCCUCUGCCCCAGGUGGCCUCAUUUCUGAGGCACAGAUUUCCAUUGGUUAAUUUUUAUUUGUAUUUUUAACCUGCUGCUCUGACUUUAAAACGACUGCAGCUUCAAAGCCCAGUAUUUGCCACUGGCUCUGUUAAGCUGUCGGUUGGCUCGCGCUACGUGCGAGUGUUCACUUCCCGGCUGCUUUACAGGGAUCCCACUGUGUGCUCAAUUCUCCUGGGAAUGAGGGGCCUUCACGUGUGGAGUGCGAGCACAGGGCCUCUGCCGGAAUGGGGCUGCCCACAGAUUCAGCCAGGGUGGAGGGGAGCGGGGAUGUUGUGAGUGAAUUGCCCCAUUCAGAGAUCUAGAACCACUGAUGGGGGGGCGGGGGUUUAAGGCUGAUCACGCUCUUCCUAGGUUCCCUUUCCUCGGGCUCUCCGAUAGGGACUGAUUGCACCAGUCAACAAAAUGAGCAACUCCUGGCCGGCAGAGAUCUGAUACUGGAGUAGCUGGGGGGGUGGCGGGGGUUGAGGUGUGGAGCUGCCUGGCAGAGUGCUCAUGCGCACUGUUUAGGCUGUUGAUUAUUUCACUUUAAUGAGCACCCAAGUCACCCCCAAAACAUCUUAAUUUUAAAAAGGGGUAGGAAAAAAAAUCCAGUAACUUUGUUUGUUUGCACCAAUGUCCUUUCCUGCUGGGGUGUGACGUGCUGGGAGGGUGGUGGGCUCAGGGAAACCUGCUGUCCCUCCUCAAGAGAGCAGGCUCCAAUGAAUUGUGCCUGAAUAAUCCCAAAGCUGUGAAACCAAAAGGGUCUAGCCUUAUGUCCUUCUGAUUGUUUGUUCCAUUUUUAAUGUAAGCCAAACCACCACAGAUGCCUGCUCAGUCUGUAUUCUUAUCUCACCAAACUGCACAUGCUCCAGGCUGAGAGAGGAGCAGAUGGAAGUUGCUCUUCAGCUCUUUCUGGCAGACUUAAUGUUACAUUUUUGUCAAAUAAAACUUUGACAUAAACUA